AUGACAAAAAUGCUAGAAUGUCUUCAGAGCGAAUCAGAUCUCAUUCAGGAUGAUGAAAUUCAUAUUGGAAAGCAACUUUAUGAAUGUAAGGAGUGUAGAAGAACUUGUAGGCUGAAAAGAAACUUUGUAGAACAUAAGAAAAUGCAUACUGGAGAGAAAUCACAUGAAUAUAUUGAAUGUGGUAAAGUGUUCUCUCAGAUCUCAUCCUUUACUCUACGUUUGAGAAGUCAUAAAGGGAAGAAAUCACGUGAAUGUAAUGAAUGUGGAAAAUACUUCAGCCAGAAGGGAAACUUUCUUUCUCAUCAGAAAUAUUAUAGUGGAGAAAAACCUUCUGAAUUUUGGAAAGCACCUAUUCAAAUGGUAGCCCUCAUCAGGCAUCAGAGAAAUCAUACAGGAAAUAAACUAUAUGGUAAGGAAUGUGGGAAAGCUUUUAAUAGCAAGUAAUACCUCAGUGAACAUGAGAAAAUUCACACUGAAGAAAACCCAUUUGAAAGUAACUGGUGUGGAAGAGCCUUCCACCAGAAGCAACAUCUCAUUAAACAUCAGAAUAUCCAUAGCGGAAAGAAACCUUUCAAAUGUAAUGAGUGUGAGAAAACCUUUAGCCAGAAAGAAAACCUCAUUACCCAUCAGAGAAUCCAUACAGGAGAGAAAUUUUAUUAUGAAUAUAAAGUGUGUAGAAAAGCUUUCAUUCAGAAGUUAGGCCUCAUAAGACAUGAAAGAAGUCACACUGGAGAGAAACCCUACACAUGUAAGCAAUGUGGGAAAGCCUUCAGUGGCAAGUCAAAUCUCACUGAGCACGAGAAAAUUCAUAUUGGAGAGAAACAAUAUAAAUGUAAUGAAUGUGGAACAAUCUUCAGGCAGAAGCAAUACCUCAUUAAACAUCACAGUGUCCAUAUGAGAGAAAAAUCCUAUGAAUGUAAUGAAUGUGGAAAGGCCUUUUCAUGGGUCACAUCACUCACUGUGUGUGUGAGAAUUCAUACAGGUGAUAAACCUUAUGAAUGUAAAAUAUGUGGGAAAGCCUUCCGUCAAAGCUCAUCUCUUACUGCGCACAUGAGAAUCCAUACAGGUGAGAAACCCUAUGGUCGUAAUGAAUGUGGGAAAGCUUUUUCUCAGUUCUCAACUCUUGGUCUACACAUGAGAAUCCAUACUGGUGAAAACCCUUAUCAAUGCAGUGAAUGUGGGAAAGCUUUCAGACAGAAGUCACAUUGCAUUAGACACCAGAAAAUUCGUACUCCUCAAAGUCGUAUGAAUGCCUGGGAUUUAGGAAACCUUUCAGCAGAAUUUACACUUAAUAAUAUUUCUAAUUUUGUUUUACAUUAA